AUGGCGUCGCCCCAGCCCCACAUCCAGGCAGUAGUCACUGAGAGGCAUCGGAUGGGCGAGUGUCCCGUGUGGGAGGAGGCUACGGGACAGCUGGUCUACGUGGACAUCCUCGCGCAGACCGUGUGCGGCUGGGGCCCGCACAAGGCGCAGGUGCAGACGGUGCGGCUGGGACCCGGGCAGCUACGUGGUCCCGCGGGCACGCGCGUGGGACUGCUGGACUGGGACUCGCAGGAUGUGCAGUGGGUGGCGCAGCUGGACGGACAGACGCCUGGCAUCCGGGUCAAUGACGGCAAGGUGGACCCCGCGGGGCGCUUCGUGGCAGGCACCAUGCCCGAGCCCCUGGCCCCCGGGGUGUGGGAACCCGCGCAGGGCGCCCUCUACUCGCUCCACGGGGACCACGUGGUGCAGAAGCUCGCCGACCGGCUGGGCGUCUCCAACGGGCUGGACUGGUCACCUGACCAGCGCACGUUCUAUCACGUGGACAGCCUGGACUACGCCGUGUACGCGUAUGACUAUGAUGUGCAGGCGGGGACCAUCGCGCCCACACGUGUCCGUGCCCAUGUCCUCGCAGAGAACCACCGGCUCCUGCUCCAGCUGCCGCGGGGCGGGGCGAUGCCCGACGGGCUGUGCGUGGACAGCGCAGGGUCGCUGUGGGUGGCGUGCAUCGACGGGGGCCGCGUGAUCCGCGUGGACCCGCACACGGGUCUCCGGCCUGGGCGUUCGCGGACGCGCGUGUUUCACCUUCGUAGGCUGAGGCCAAGUCCUGUCCAGGUGACCCCCGUGACCCCUGCGAACCCCUGUGACCCCCAUGACACCCCGUGA